GCUGGGGCUUGUGUUAGACAUCGGAAAGUAAACCACAACACGGCUUAUGUGCUAAAUCUACGGAAGCUAGUUGAAGCAAUAACAGACGAAAAAACCUAACACACUCUCUUCCUGUCAGAAAUCAGAAGAAUUUUGUUGUAAAAGAUGCUUUCAAAUGUUGCCAAAACGUGUCUCUUGGUAAACUGAAUAACUUAAAAGGCACAGAAAUUUUAUGACAUGUAGUUUGACUUAACCUAUUACCUAGAGAAGAUGGAACAGAACUUUGCUGAUUUGCUAACGGAUGCAUUUUCAGACACAUCCCUCCCAUCUUUCCCUGAAGGAGGGUUCGACUUUGAGCCUCUUUAUUUUGACGAAGCCAAGACAGAAAUGUCCUCUGCAAGAUUACCAGUGCUGAGAGAGGAAGAGGAAGAUGUGGAUGAAGGACAGGAAGAGGAAGAGCCUGGUGGAGAAACUGGAACUGUACCUGACCAUAUCUCAGUGAAGACAUAUGAUGUGAGUUUGACUGAAGAGGAUACACAACAUAUUGAUGAUGAGAAGAAGUGGGAGGAGGAGGAGGAAGAAGAGGAGGAGGGCAAGGAUGAGGAGGGCAAGGAGGAGGAAGAUGAGGAGGGCAAUGAGGAGGAAGAUGAGGAAGAGGAGGAGGAGGAGGAGGGCAAGGAAGAGGAGGAUGGCAAGGAGGAGGAAGAGGGCAAUGAGGAGGAAGAGGAGGGAAAUGAGCAGGAGGAGGAGGAAGAGGGCAAGGAGGAGGAGGAAGAUGAAGAGGAGAUGGACUCAGGAGAAGAAGAGGACACAGGAAUAGAGAACAUUGGCUCCCCAGGGGGUAGGUCUGUGGUUGUUCACUACGACAAAGAGAAUAUAGAAAAUAUCGUAACUACAGGACAACCUUUUGCCCAAGAGGAGAGGGAAAACCCUAACAUCAGAAACAUAGAGCAAGGUGCUUACGAGAACAGUGAUGUGAGUUGUUUUGAGGGUGUUACUGAAGAUGACACCAUGAAGAUCACAGCAGAUAUAAGUGAAGGGAUUGAAGAAGAGGAGAGACUGACGGCUGAAGAAAACCAAGAGAAAUCAUCUGAUUCAGACCUGGAGGUCCUGACAAGCUCUAUCACUGAAAACCAGAGAGAAGAGGGAAAGAAAGAAGUGAACUUACUCUCCCCACAUUUUCCCCAGGAGAAUGAAGAGGAAGAGGAAGAUGAACAUGGAGCUCCAGAGAUUGUUUCUGAUUGUCCUGAUCCCGCAGCAACACAGAAUCUGCAAUCUCUUAUGGUCAAUACCUUUGUGGAACACCCGCUUGAGGAGAAAAUUAAGGACUUCCUAGGGGACGACCACCAAGAGGCGGGUGAAAGCUUUGCAGAUUACCCCUCUGACUUCUCUCCAAGUGAAUACGACAAGGAUGGAGGGAAAGGGAGAGAGCAAAACAAAAAUGGGAGCACACUGUCUGGUCCCUCUGAGGGUCAUUUAAAGAUAGAUGAGAAUGUCUACCUAGAGAGAGAGAUAACCGAGCAGAAGGAUAGCCAUGUACAGGGAGAGGAAGACGAAAAGGAAGAUGCGAGACCUGCUAUCUCUCUGAGCGUAGAAGGCGAACAAGAUUUUGCAGAUUGUGCGAUGUGUAAUAUCAAUAUUGACAUUAGCACGGGCAAGAUUAUUGAAGACAAUCUUGAAGCUGAUAGCUCCAGUAAGGAUGAGAAGGAUGAAGACCCAGGGAAGCAUAAUGAAGAACACCCAGCCCUGCCAAGAUACCAGGGUAUUCCUCAGAGAGACUGCAGAUCUCAUGUUUCACCUCUACCUGACUGGGAGGGUGGAGAGGAGAACAGCUCCAAGCAGAGUGUUGCUGACCUGCAUCUUUCAGACACCAUCUCCGAUGUCCCCACUUUUACCCUUCACAAUGAGGCUGGAACCAGUACAGCAGAGGUAACCAGGUGUAACAGGGGUAAGAGGAGUACAGGCAACAUGUCAUCAUCUGACUCUGAGGAUAAUUUUCCCGGAGAAUUUUGUACGUUGGAGACUGAACUAAGAAAGAACAAAAGGGAAACUUGCAUUUGGGGUAAAGAGGAGUAUCUUGGAGAAAUCCCGCCGGAGCUAGAAGGAAAGUUGGAGAACCACCUUCACACCAAUAUAAGCUGGGACACAGGGGAUAAUAACAUGGACAGGAGUGGUUUCAUUCUAGAUUACAAGUAUGAGGGGAGCGGAAUCACAGUCGGAGAGGAACAAUUUGCAGAUGAUGAAGAAGAGGAGGAGAGGAGUUGGAAACAAGAGAGAGUGAGAAUCGAGGCAUUCUACAAGUUUUAUAAUGACGAAGAGGAGAAGGAGGCCAUGGAAACGGAAGGUGCUUUUUCAGGGAGGAAGCCUAGAGUUCAGUUCUGCAUGGAUCCCCUGCCUCAAGUCAUUGAAUAUACAGACAGCAGCAGUGACACGGAUUUCGUCGACAGCUCAUCUGACAGAGAUGAGGACCUGGAUUCUACAGCAAGGCUUGAAGAGCAGCGAGAGCCUGAGAGUCAGAAGCCACAAGGAGAACUACAAGAUCUCAGCAAAAUACCUCGGACACACAGCAAGAGAGACCGAUGUCUGAGGGUGCUGAAGUUCCUGCUGAAGAUGGCCGUUUUGACAUUGAUUGGACUUUUGACAUUCUGGUGGACAACAGACCUACUGGACUUGGACUGGUGAUCUGGACCAAAUACAGUUUUUUCUAACAACUGUACUAGAGGUCGACCGAUUAUGAUUUUUCAAUACCGAUACCGAUUAUUGGAGGACCAAAAAAAGCCUGAUACCGAUUAAUCGGCCGAUUUUUAAAAAUGUAUUUGUAAUAAUGACAAUUACAACAAUACUGAAUGAACACUUAUUUUAACUUAAUAUAAUACAUCAAUAAAAUCUAUUUAGCCUCAAAUAAAUAAUGAAACAUGUUCAAUUUGGUUUAAAUAAUGCAAAAACAAAGUGUUGGAGAAGAAAGUAAAAGUGCAAUAUGUGCCAUGUAAGAAAGCUAACGUUUAAGUUCCUUGCUCAGAACAUGAGAACAUAUGAAAGCUGGUGGUUCCUUUUAACAUGAGUCUUCAAUAUUCCCAGCUAAGAAGUUUUAGGUUGUAGUUGUUAUUAUAGGAACUAUAGGACUAUUUCUCUCUAUACGAUUUGUAAUUCAUAUACAUUUGACUAUUGGAUGUUCUUAUAGACACUUUGGUAUUGCCAGUGUAACAGUAUAGCUUCCAUCCCUCUCCUCGCUGCUACCUGGGCUCGAACCAGGAACACACCGACAACAGCCACCCUCGAAGCAGCGUUACCCAUGCAGAGCAAGGGGAACAACUACUCCAAGUCUCAGAGCGAGUGACGUUUGAAACGCUAUUAGCGCGCACCCCGCUAACUAGCUAGCCAUUUCACAUCGGUUACACCAGCCUAAUCUCGGGAGUUGAUAGGCUUGAAGUCAUAAACAGCAGAGCUGCUGGCAAAACGCACGAAAGUGCUGUUUGAAUGAAUGCUUACGAGCCUGCUGGUGCCCACCAUCUCUCAGUCAGACUGCUCUAUCAAAUCAUAGACUUAAUUAUAACAUAACACACAGAAAUACGAGCCUUAGGUCAUUAAUAUGGUCGAAUCCGGAAACUAUCAUCUCAAAAACAAAACAUUUAUUCUUUCAGUGAAAUACGGAACCGUUCCGUAUUUCAUCUAACGGGUGGCAUCCAUCAGUCUAAAUAUUCCUGUUACAUUGCACAACCUUCAAUGUUGUCAUAAUUACAUAAAAUUCUGGCAAAUUAGUUCGCAAAGAGCCAGGCGGCCCAAACUGUUGCAUAUACCCUGACUCUGCGUGCAAUGAACGCAAGAGAUGUGACACAAUUUCACCUGGGUAAUAUUGCCUGCUAACCUGGAUUUCUUUCAGCUAAAUAUGCAGGUUUAAAAAUAUAUACUUCUGUGUAUUGAUUUUAAGAAAGGCAUUGAUGUUUAUGGUUAGGUACACGUUGGAGCAACGACAGUCCUUUUUCGCGAAUGCGCACUGCAUCGAUUAUAUGCGACGCAGGACACGCUAGAUAAACUAGUAAUAUCAUCAACCAUGUGUAGUUAUAACUAGUGAUUAUGAUUGAUUGAUUUAUUGUUUUUUAUAAGAUACGUUUAAUGCUAGCUAGCAACUUACCUUGGCUUCUUACUGCAUUCGCGUAACAGGCGGGCUCCUCGUGAGGCAGGUGGUUAGAGCGUUGGACUAGUUAACCAUAAGGUUGCAAGAUUGAAUCCCUGAGCUGACAAGGUAAAAAUUCUGCCCCUGAACAAGGCAGUUAACCCACCGUUCCUAGGCCGUCAUUGAAAAUAAGAAUGUGUUCUUAACUGACUUGCCUAGUUAAAUAAAGGUGUAAAAAAAUAAAAAAUAAUCGGCAAAAUCAGUGUCCAAAAUUACCGAUUUUCCGAUUGUUAUGAAAACUUGAAAUCGCCCUAAUUAAUCGUCCAUUUCGAUUAAUCGGUCGACCUCUAGACUGUACUGUAUUGUCAAUAUGCCUAUGCCUGAAAAUAAUUAGAUAAUAAAGUAGCAGCAGCUAAGUAAAAAAUGCUUACUUGUAAGGAGAAUACUAUCUCCUUAUACUGUAGUUACUGUCACUUUCAUCAUGUCUUCAUCUGUAACAUGUCUUCAGUAACAUGUCUUCAGUAACAUGUCAUCUGUAACAUGUCUUCAUCUGUAACAUGUCUUCAUCUGUUUGAUGGAUAAUAAAAAGGGGUCUAUUUAUAUUCCCAUUCAACUUUAA